CAGGAAAAGGAAACUUCAGAGAAACCGAAACUACUGGGGAAAGAGAAGACCCACUGAGCACCAUCCAGCUGUCCAGACCACAGCUCGCUCCAUCCCGGCACCAUGAACCACACUUUCCAGACCUCUGUCAGUGGCGUCCACACUGGUGUCCCCCCAACCUAUGAGAUGAUCAAGGAGGAGCAUGAGGUGUCCGUGCUGGGGGCACCCCGGAGCUCAGGUCCCGUGACGACCACCGUGAUCAACAUCCGCAGUGACACCUCCGUGCCCGACCACAUCGUCUGGUCCCUGUUCAAUAGCAUCUUCAUGAACUGGUGCUGCCUGGGCUUCGUGGCUUUCGCCUACUCUGUGAAGUCUAGGGACCGGAAGAUGGUGGGCGACGUGACUGGGGCCCAGAGCUAUGCGUCCACCGCCAAGUGCCUGAACAUCUGGGCCCUGGUCUUGGGCCUCUUUCUGAGCAUCGGAUUCAUCGUGGGGGUUGUCUGCCUGAUAAUUUUCAUGGGACAAUAAAGGGCCUGCAGGAGGGCAGAGGCUACUUCUACCUGCCCAUUGCCCCGGCCCCGUCCCCACCAUAGCCUGCUGGCCCAGCAUCCUGGGGCUUUGGCCCUGCCUCCCUGCCCAUACCCUUUUAUACAGCAGUUUGUGCAGACACACCUGUCUACACCUGGAUUCAAUAAAGUGCAGUUGCCUGUGA